AUGUUUCCAAAUACAGCGAGUCAACAUAGAGGAAUCAUUCAGUUACUGCUACAUUUCAGAUGGAUGUGGAUUGGGGUGAUGUAUUUCAAUGUUAUGAGUACAGAGAUGUUCAUACAGAAGAUGCUUCUGAUGUUUUCCCAGCAUGGCAUCUGCUCUGACUUCAUUAAAAAAAUAACAAUGGCAACUGUUUUCAAUGAAAUGUCUGAAGUGAUGGCAGAGUGGACUGAAAUGUCCCAUGUUGUCAUGGAAAGCAGAGCCAACGCAGUGGUCUUGCAUGGUGAAAUUCAUACCAUAAUAUAUUUAAGACAUGCUUUUCAGUUUUUAGCAUUUGAAGGCUUACAAUUGAAUGAAAAAGGUAAAGUGUGGAUUAUGACAGCCGAGAUGGAUUUCACAUCUCUUCCCUUUCAAAGAGAAUCUGACCUAGACUUUCUCCAUGGCGCUUUAUCCUUUGCAGUUCACUCAGAGGAUAUAUUAGGAUUCCAGAGCUUUCUACGUAUGAGAAUUCCUACCAAAGAAAAAGGAGAUGGCUUUCUCAAGGAUUUCUGGGAACAAGCAUUCAACUGUUUAUUCCACAGCUCAAAGGCAGAUGAGAAGACUAAAGAAUUCUGCACCGGAGAGGAGAAACUGGAGUCUCUCCCUGGGUCUGUAUUUGAAAUGCGCAUGACUGGCCACAGUUACAGCCUCUACAAUGCUGUCUAUGCUGUGGCACAUGCUUUGCAUGCCAUGCAUUCAUCCAUGUCCAAGCACAGAACAGUGAUUCAUGGAGGGGGAUGGAGACCUUGGAAUCUUCAGCCAUGGCAGCUCCUUCACUUCUUGAGGAAAGUCUCAUUCAACAACAGUGCUGGGGAAAUGAUUUCAUUUGAUGAAAAUAUGGAAUUAGUAGGUGGAUUCAAUGUUAUCAACUGGAUCACAUUCCCAAAUAAGUCCUUUCGUAGAGUGAAAGUGGGAAGGACAGACCCACAUGCUCCCCCAGACAAAGCGUUCACCAUUUCUGAGCAUACCAUUGUGUGGCCCAGCAGGUUUAACCAGGUACUGCCUCUUUCACUGUGUAAUGACAAUUGCUAUCCAGGUUAUAGAAGAGCAAAGAAGGAAGGGAAGACAUUUUGCUGCUACAAUUGCCUUCCAUGUCCCAAAGGGAAGAUUUCAAACCAGAAAGAUAUGGAUAACUGUCUACAAUGUCCAGAGGAUCAUUAUCCAAAUGACCAUCAAGAUUUAUGUAUUCCAAAGGUUAUAACUUCCUUGUCAUAUGAAGAACCUUUGGGAACCAUUUUUGCCAUUUUUGCUCUUUGCUUUUUUUGUAUCACAUGUUUUGUGCUUGGGACUUUCAUGAAGUAUCAUAACACACCCAUUGUCAAAGCCAACAACCGGAGUCUCUCCUACACUCUCCUCAUCUCCCUCCUGCUCUCCUUUCUUUGUGUUUUCCUCUUCAUUGGUCAGCCUGAGCGGUUGACCUGUCUUCUUCAACAACCAGCCUUCAGCAUCAUCUUCUCUGUCUCUGUUUCUUGCAUGUUGGCCAAAACCAUCACUGUGAUUCUAGCUUUCAUGGCCAAAGAGCCAGGGUCCAGGAGGAGAAAGUGGGUAGGGAAAAGACUGUCCAUCUCCCUUGUCCUUUCCUGCUCUAAUCUUCAAGCAGGCAUUUGUGCAAUAUGGUUAGGAACCUCUCCUCCAUUCCCUGAUUUUGACAUGCAUUCGCUCACUGGAGAGAUUAUAGCAAAAUGUAAUGAAGGAUCAGUCUUGAUGUUUUAUCUUGUUUUGGGUUACAUGGGAUUUCUGUCCAUCAUCAGCUUUAUUGUGGCUUUCCUUGCUCGGAAGUUGCCAGACAGUUUUAACGAAGCCAAGUUCAUCACCUUCAGCAUGUUGUUGUUCUGCAGUGUUUGGUUGUCUUUUGUUCCUACCUACUUGAGCACCAAAGGGAAAUAUAUGGUGGCUGUGGAGAUCUUCUCCAUCUUAGCUUCUAGUGCUGGGCUACUGGCUUUUAUCUUUUUCCCCAAAUGCUACAUCAUUGUGCUGAGGCCUGAACUGAACAAAAGGGACCAGAUGGUGAAGAGACAAUAUUGA